CCCAUGACGUCAAUCGCGACGUCAGCGGGGUCCCUUCAGCCAUGGGAAUCUAUCCACGACCGUUUCUUCACAUCAUGUUUACUGAAACAGCGUUUGCUGUAUCACGGGGAAACGGUGCUGCUGUAUAAGAAGAGCAGGGGCCGGUCAGCUAACAAACUUUUUGGCAGGUAGUGUUACUACUCCCUCUGCUAUUAUUGGCUGAGAUAAGUCUAUGCCUUUUGGCUGUGACCAAAUUUGUAAUGCAGACAGAUUUUUUAAGCGCGUUUGGGUUGUUUUACAGUAGGUACAUUCUGUGGUUUCAGGAGACACUUCAGCUACAAAUCAUGCCAGGAAGGCAUAGGUUAGGCUUCCUACAGCCAUAUGGAGAAAAAAGACUUUGAAGCAUGGCUUGAAACCAUUUCUGUUACCUUCCUUUCUGUGAACGAUUCUCAGAAAAAUGAGACACUGGAUCACCUGAUCAGCCUGAGUGGUGCUGCUCAACUCAGGCACCUCUCAAACAAUUUGGAGACUUUAUUGAAGCGAGAUUUCCUGAAACUGCUUCCUUUGGAACUUAGUUUUUAUUUGUUAAAAUGGCUUGACCCCAAGACACUUCUUAUAUGUUGCUUGGUCUGCAAGCAGUGGAACAAAGUGGUAGGUGCCUGCACAGAAGUAUGGCAAACAGCUUGCAAGACAUUAGGCUGGCAGAUUGAUGAUUCAAUACAAGAUGCUUUACACUGGAAAAAGCUGUACUUGAAGGCAAAUUUGAGGAUGAAGCAGCUGAAAGACCAAGAAGCAUUUGAGACAUCUUCAUUAAUUGGACACAGUGCCAGAGUGUACGCUCUUUAUUAUAAAGAUGGACUGCUUUGCACAGGUUCCGAUGACCUGUCUGCCAAAUUAUGGGAUGUGUGUACAGGGCAGUGCAUCUAUGGUAUCCAAACACACACUUGUGCUGCAGUGAAGUUUGAUGAACGGAAACUAGUGACUGGGUCCUUUGACAAUACUAUAGCUUGUUGGGACUGGAGCUCAGGGGCAAAAACACAGCACUUCCGGGGACACACAGGGGCAGUAUUUAGUGUGGACUACUGCGAUGAACUUGACGUUUUAGUCAGUGGCUCUGCAGACAAGACUGUGAAGGUGUGGGCAUUAUCCACAGGGACCUGGGUCAAUACUCUUACAGGACAUACAGAAUGGGUUACUAAGGUGGUCAUACAACAGAGCCAAGUUGAAUCUCUCUUGCAUAGUCCUGGAGAUUACAUUUUACUAAGUGCUGACAAGUAUGAAAUUAAGAUUUGGCCAAUUGGAAGAGAAAUUAACUGCAAGUGCUUGAAAACCCUUUCUGUGUCAGAAGACCGAAGCAUUGCACUUCAACCAAGACUACAGUUUGAUGGCAGAUACAUUGUGUGCUGCUCAGAUUUGGGGAUAUACCAGUGGGACUUUGCCAGUUACAAUAUUCUCAGGAUUAUCAAAACUCCUGAUUACUCAAACCUGUCCCUUCUGAGCUUUGGAGAGGUGUUCUCGCUACUUUUUGACAACCAUUAUCUCUACAUAAUGGACCUCAGAACAGAAAAAGUGAUUGGUCGAUGGCCAUUGCCAGAGUAUAGGAAGUCAAAGAGAGGUUCUAGCUUCUUGGCUGGUGAAAUAGCUUGGCUGAAUGGCCUUGAUGGAGAAAAUGAUAAGGGUCUAGUUUUUGCUACAAGUAUGCCUGACCAUAGCAUCCAUUUAGUGCUCUGGGAGGAACAUGGUUGAUGCUGGGCUAAAGUGAGCAACCAAUCGUGGUAAUUACUGGUGCUGCUUUUAUCAACAGUGUUGCCAUUAAGGCAAGCUUUGCAUGAACCAAAGUUGUACUCUUAUUGGCAUCAUCUUAACACAGUGCACAAUCAUCUGCCCUAAAAUGAAUGUUUUGUGUUUCCUUAUUUGCCAUGGACCUGGUCCAGAUACAGUAGUUAAAUGAAAUUCACAAUUGUUUACUUAAAGGACAAAUACAAAUGACAGCUGUUUGGUAACAGAAUAUGGCUUUAGUUUUAAAGUGUACAGUUUUUUGUUGAAUGUAUUGUUACAACAGUUAAAACAGAAAACAAGUAUUGUUUCUUUGAUAUAUUUUGUGUUUGGAAGCACUGAAUAGGAAGCCUAGGAAUAUUUCUUAACCCGCUUAGUUAAUUGGCUUUCCUUCUUCCCAAGAUGAAGAAAGUUAUAUUUUCAAAAUUUCUACUGACACUUAACCCAGAAGAGAAAAUGGUGUACAAGAUGCUAUUUGUAAAAUAAUGCUGUUUUUUAAAUAUUUUUGUUAGAAAGACAUACCAAAUUAAUUGCAUUUGAAAGAAAUUGGGAGUGCAGAUAUCCAUUUAUGAACAAUGUAGAUAACAGAAAAGUGAACUGUAACCAGACUUGUGUUAAUUUAAGUACUUAAAUAAUCAAAUCAGCUGAAUUUAAGACUAUACAUGUACGUGGUCAUAAGAACCCUUGUUUGUGUAUGUAUUUUUAUGCAGGCAUACACAGAUAUUUAAGUAAUGGGCAGGUACUGCUCUUUCCAUUUUCAUCCAUCUUUAAAACUCGAAAUAUGAAAAUGAUUUUUUAUAGUAAAUACUUAAUAUUUUUAAUAUAAUUAGAGGUACAGUCCUUGAAUGACCACAUUUUAUGUUGAAUCAGUUUUGUAUUUAAGAAACAUUACAUAUAUUUGAAUGUUAUUCUCUAAAAGUGCAUUUCAACAUGUUUAACAAAUUUAAAUGUUUAUUUCAAUGCCUUUAUUUUUUACACAGAUAUCAAAAUAUAAACUGCUUAAAAGUA